UUGUAUUUGUAUGUGCGCUUCCGCCCCCUCUUUUUUUGUGUUUUUUCUUUAGACCUGCACAAACAAAAAAGCUUUGCCUGCAGUUUCAAUUAACAGAGGGAACACAAAAGAGAGACACCGGCGUUGUUUUGUAAAGGCUGCGGAUUAUUUCCCAUCGCCAUUUUCAGACCCUCGGACACCGGCACGAUGGACACCGACUACUCUGCCUUCGAAAACCCUCUGUACAGCGAACUGAAAUAUUUCUGUAAGAAGAUACAGGAGGCCUAUAACGAACUAAAGGAAGACCUGACACCUUACCGCGACGAUCGUUUUUACAGGUAAAUUAUAAGGUCACUACACCAAUAUUAAAUUAUCCAAUUGCUGGAUCUUUGUGUUAAUUAAAUCAUUACUCUACAAUGAACAAGCAUUUGUGAGCAUACAUUAGGCCUAUUGAGUGCAUUUAUGAUUUUCAUGUAGGUAUUAAAAGAAUGAUACGAUUAAUAACAUUUGUCAAUGUGUAUUUACAAUAUGGAUGUAGCCUUCUGUACAGAAUAUACAGCUGCAGCCAUGCACCACCCUCAACAUGGCGCAUUGUGGUUUAGGUGCGCUAUAAAGCAUCCACUGGUUUUCUUUGGACAGUUCCGUGUUUUGCAGGUUUAGAUAAGCUUUUCAUUUAUCUUUCGGUUUUAUAGGAUCUUAAGUCAAAUAGAAUGUGUUCCUAUAGGCUACCUUCUUCGUCUCAAAAAUGCUGUGUUAUUUCUGCUGAGAAUACAAUAAAACUAAAACAUUCUUAAUAAAUUACCUUAAUCAUUUUAAGGUCAUUAUGGCAGAAGCCUAUAUGCUAUAGGCAGAGGCCACUGAGUGAAGGCAACAAGUGUUGGGGUGUAAUCAUUACUCCAAACAGUUGCAAAAUGGAACGAAAACUAGCGUUUCUAUUGGACAAAUUCAGCAAACAGGGCGGGACCUACAUUAAUCUUUCCAAUAGAAACGCUAGUUUUCAUUGCAAAACAGAACGUUUUGCAACUGUUUUGAGUAAGGAUUACAACCCAAAUCAGAGGUUUGGCAAAAUAGCCUACCAACAGAGAUAUUAGAGAAAGGAGGAGAUAGAAAUCCCAUUGGGCUUUGAACGGAGGACUGUUUAACGCCCCACCCAGCAGACUGUCGACCAAUCGCGUUCACGUUGUCAUGAUGUGUCACGCGGUUGCUAAAAUAAUCGUCACGCAAUCCCUUCUCAAAGUCAGGGUAUGAGUCGAGAAACCUGACUAUUUUCCUCGAAAGUACGUAAUGUCACGAUUCCAAAGCUAUACGAUAUUACAGAGAAAAUGUUAGUUAUCUUACAUCUCGGAAAAGAUUUGUAAUAUUGUACUUCUUCACGAAAUUCAUGCUAAUGUUGGGUUUUUGAGCUAGCGCCCAAUUGACUCUCAUUCACUCCUUGAAGGAGAGCUAUCCUUGUCCAAAACAGCCCAGAAUGCACCGCGCGGCCCAUUGCGACGCGUGGGCAACGUACACGGUGUUAAUACGAUUUUAAUGGAGUUUCCCAUCUCCUCAAAAGUAUCUCUGCUACCAUACAGGGUGCAAUCAUCAUAUUUCAUCUCUGCAGAUUAGCACAGUCAAUUUGGAUACAUUAUUUAUAUAUACACUAGAUCACUAAUAGAGUGCGCUGUGUUGAAGCCACUGUGCCUCCAUCUUGGCACUCCCCCACCAUUGUAAAAAGAUUGAGGACGUUAUAGAAAUGCAUUUAUUAAUGUCUACAUUCGUUUUUGCCACAUGUAUUAUAUUACAGACACCUUCAUGUAUAUUUUUAAAUUAUACAUAAAAAAAAAAAAGACAAAAUAUAUAAAAACAUUUUCCUUAAAGUAUACUUUUUUGACAUUACUAAUGUUUCUGUCAUUUUUAAAUACAGGUAAUUUUGUCCUUGAAACAUUUUAUUGAAAUACUGUAGAAUUCCAUUCAUUCCUAUGGAGGACUGCUUCUACUGGGGAGUGCCAAUAUGGCUGGCCAUGGCUUCAAAGCUCUCAAUGGCCAAAACAUAGCAUCAGCAAUCCAGGAUUUAUAUACAUCGUUGGUUUGAAUGCAUGAUGGGUCUUGUUGUAUACAGGCACAAUUGAAAUCACGUUUUUCAUUAGAGUUGAAAUGGGGAUGAAAAUCUGACAGAUGCGCUUGCAACAACCAAACCCACUCCCUCCCACUGAGCUACAAUAAAAUGCUCCUCCUACUCCCCUGUCCCCACGUGACUUCAGCCCCGCGACAUCCAGUGGUGACGUAGCAUUCCGGUUGUCGCAUACAGACUGAUGUAUACGGAUGUGGAUUUUACCUGGACAUUUUGAUUUUAUCUCGAUUCUAGAGUGAGAAUCUACCGAAAUGGAUGUGUAAGUUCACAUGUUUAAGACUAUCUACAACUUAGUUUUAUUGUUUCCCCUUCAUAUCGUACAUUUUAAUCUCGAAACGUUAGUUUCUGCCAGUCGUCUGCUUGCAACGGGUUCCACCUACUUGACAGAUACACCUAUUUUACACGUUAACUAACUAGUUUGCACGCCACCGUAUUUUUGUUGGCAGGUGUUUUUUCGUCUGUCUUACAUUCUGGUACCGGUGUGUGUUACUAAGCAAUAUAUUAACACAUAUCUAAUGUGACUAAUUUCUUAUCUAACGUUACCAAAAUCUGAUGUUGUGUAACUUAUAACGGGCCAAAUAAUAAGCCUCUCACGCUACCUAAACUAGCCUAAAUUACUGAGUUGCAUUAUGUUUGCAUCUUAUUAUGACAGUUUCUUAAAAUGUCUUGAGCAAUGGUCUUCAAAUCAAGAAAUGUUCAUCCCAUAGAUAGGACUCUGAGAUUGUGUUUGCAGGAAACUGAUUGUAACAUGGUAUUCUCUCUCAAUUUCAGGCUAGCCCCCAUGCGGCUAUACACACUCUCCAAAAGACACUUUGUUUUGGUCUUUGUGGUGUUCUUGAUCUGUUUUGGCCUCACCGUCUUCAUUGGUAUAGCAGGUAUGUAGUUUUCAUAUAGUCUAUCAAUGUGCACACUCUUAGUAUAUCCGCAGUUGGCCCAAGUCUAUAUUACUACUAGGAAACAGUGAGCCAGAAAGGCUAGCUAGGGUGAAUGAGGAAUGCAGCAGCCAGCCAACAUAAUCAGAGGGUGAUGACUGGCGUCUAAUGGCUGAAGUUUUAUCUGCAAGGAAAUCCUGAUAAGUCCACCCUCUUCUCUCUCUCUCUCUCUUAAAGCCUUACUAGAAAGAUCCUUAUUGGUAAUAUUACACCAUUUCCCUAAAGUGAAAAGAAUGUAGUAAAUGCUGUGUCUGCACAAUGAUGGAUUUGCUGUAGGAAAGGGAUCUAGUCGAGAAGACUAAGGACUUAGUUUUGCCUAUAGGCGUGACUAGCCUGUUUGUGCAGGAAUUACUAUUUGUGCAGGAACUUGGUCUGGUCCUGACCUGGUCCUGAAGGCCUGGAGAAUGAUGUUGCAGAAUCCUUUUGCUUACCUCGUUCAUUCUUCUGCAGGUCCUAAAAUCCUUGCGGAGACUAAAUACAGUGGAGAUGAACUGCUGGCCAAAAAUCAAUCCAUAAAGGUAAGACAAGCAAAGGUAUAAAUACAUGUCUUGCCAGGAUCACAGGGAAUGUGCUUGAACUGUUUGCUUUAUGUCAGAAAUGGCUUUUAUGAGUGCACAAACCUGCACCACUCUGAUGCUUACACAUUUGUGAGACUGGGGUAGUAAAUGGGAGAAAAAGUGCACAGUCCAAAAUCAACACUUAGCUCCCACGAGUCCUGGACACACCUUGAUGUACACUCUUUGACAUUGUGAUGUUCUGAGUAUUACAUUUUACAUUUUAGUCAUUUAGCAGACUCUCUUAUCCAGAGCGACUUAGUUAGUGAGUGCAUACAUUUUUUCAUGCUGGACCCCGUGGGAAUCGAACCCACAACCCUGGCGUUGCAAACGCCAUGCUCUACCAACUGCGCUACACGGGGGGCCAGUAUGGUUCUGAUAUGGAUCUAAUAUGGUUUCAGACUGGUCCCUUCAUCCUGCAGUCCCCGCCCCUCUCCACCUAUAACCAACAGCUAUGGCUCACCUGUAUGAUGCAAGUGGAACACAGCACUGGUGAGAUCUACUCCCUUAGAAAUUAUGGUAGUUUUACUUUAAAGAUCCAUACGACAUAUGAAAGUCUUAUUACGUUUUUUUGUCUUUGUCUCUGUUCAGUGGUGGACUUCCAGCAGCACUUUGAGAUCAAUGUGGAGCUGAAGGGAGUUAUGCAGGAUGCCAGCGUCAUGCACAUCCGCAGCAACGUGCACCAGAAAUCACGCACGCUGCACUGUGGUGCUGUGAGUGGCAAUCAAUACAUCAGUCUGUCCAUUCAUCAAUCAGUUAACCAGUUUGUCAGCCAAUUGACUAGUCAGUCAUCAAUCAGUUAUCAACCAACCAAUUGGUCAAUGAACUGAACAUUUAGAAAGCUAUGUGAUAUAGAUCCGUAUUCCAACAAGGUGUCUGUCCCACUGUUUCCUCCUGCAGAAGUGUGAUGAGAUUAUCGUGGUGCACCUGGGCUAUCUGAAUUACACACAGUACCAGAUCAAUGUCAGCUUCAAAGGCCUGGAGAACAUCACCUACGAAGUCAAGGUCAACUUCAUGGUGAGAAGCACAAUACACUGGCUGGAAAACCUGUUUAAACUGUCAGCUGGCUGUUUCUGAAGAUGCAUCUCUUCCUACUGACACAUAUUGGCUUUGAACUGCAGUUCAAUGACACGUUUCUCUCCCCUCUCUCUCUUUCACACUCUCGCUCUCUUUCACUCUCACAGUGGAAGAUGUAUAAUCCCUCGUUCUCUCAAGUGGAGAUCUGGUUCCGUUUUGUCUUUGUGGUUUUGACCUUCAUGGUGACGGUAAGAGAUCUAUGCAAUUUAAUCCAUAUUUAUUGUGUUUCUGCAGUGUAUGUUUGUCUUUGUAUGUUAGUCUUUGCUGUUGUGUAUUGCAGUGCAUGUUUGCUCACUCUCUGAGGAAGUUCUCCAUGAGAGACUGGGGCAUUGAGCAGAAGUGGAUGUCCAUCCUGCUGCCUCUACUACUGCUGUAUAACGGUGAGUCACUGAGUUGUUUACCACUCUUUCCUUUGUGCCUUCCACUGUGCACCAGGCCUUGAUAUUUAAACUGUAAUAUGUUUGAAUGUACCCAUAUGAAGGCCUAACCUUGAUGUUAAAACCCAUAUACACUACAGUCUUUAGGUCUUUGAGGUUUUUUAUCUGUUUUGAUGGUUGGGGUUCUUGUUUCAGAUCCAUUUUUCCCGCUGUCAUUCCUGGUUAACAGCUGGUUUCCGAGGACUCUGGAUGCGUUCUUCCAGGCCCUCUUCCUGUGUUCCCUGCUGCUCUUCUGGCUCUGUGUUUACCACGGCAUCCGGGUCCAGGUGGGUCUCACAUUCAUCUUUAACCAAACUCUAUAUUUUAGUAUUGGAACCCAAAACCAGUCUGGUGUCCAUUGUCUAAUCCCAGAUUGUUCUGGUUCCUGUCUCAGGGAGAGAGGAAGUGUCUGACGUUCUAUCUUCCUAAGCUGGUCAUCGUCGGCCUCCUGUGGCUCUCAGCAGUUACCUUGGGGAUAUGGCAAACGUAAGUCUGAAGAACUCUGUCAAACUAACACUGUAUAACAGACUCUGUUUGGAAAAGGAUGUGAUGAGCUCUAAUUUCCUUUACAUCCACAGGGUCAAUGAACUACAGGACCCCACCUACCAGUACAAAGUGGACAUUGCUAACUUCCAGGUGAGUGGAACACAUUUACCUUCUGUGAGAUUAUUUUUAUGUAAAAUUCCAAAAGCACACAUCCAUUAUUUUUUUCAACCUGGUAGAAUUUGGGACAUUAACGGUGGAGGUAGUGCAACGUCCAUCAUGUUGAUAAAAGUUAUUGUUGUACUUCCAGGGCAUGAAGAUCUUCUUCCUGGUGGUGGUGACCCUGUACAUCCUGUAUCUCAUCUUCCUCAUCGUCAGAGCUUGUUCUGAGCUCAAGAACAUGCCCUAUACCGGUAACAAUGAUGCAGUUGUCAUAUUUUAAUGUCAAUAGAGUUAUGGGUUCCCUUUGCCUUUGAUACAUUCACUCUCAUUUAGCUUUUCCUAAUAUUCUUUAUAUUGAUCUGUGGUCUCAUCUUGGUCAUCAGAUCUCCGGCUGAAGUUUCUGACUGCGCUGACGUUCGUGGUCCUGGUAAUAAGGUACGGUCACUGUCACCUGUUGCCUUGGGUUGACUUCCAUUGAGCCUGGUCAUGGUAUCUAAACUGGAUGGAUCAAACAUAAUAAUAUUGUCUUAUCCCAUCCUUUCUCUCUAGCAUGGCCAUACUCUAUCUGAGGUUCGGUGCCAAGGCUUUGCAAGACAACUUUGUGGCUGAGUUGUCAACCCAUUACCAGAACUAUAUCCUUUCUUGUCAAUGUCUUUUUUUGUCAUUUAGCAGAUGCUCUUAUCCAGAGCGACUUACAGGAGCAAUCAGGGUUAAGUGCCUUGCUCAAGGGCAUAUGGACAGAUUUUUCACUUAGUCAGCUUUGGGGUUCGAACCAGCAACCUUUCGGUUACUGGCCCAACGCUCGUAAUCGCUAGGCUACCUGCCAUCUAAUGUCUUCUCUUCUAUUGUGAAUUCUGUGGUCAGUAGCAUAGGGUUCAAAACAUUGUCAUCUUGACGAGCUUUGCAUGCGUUAGAUAUGAUGUUAACUAGUUUACUUAGAUGUGAUCCUUAACUCCAGACUUACCAGCUGAAUUUUUAUCUUUCUAUGGCUUACUCAACUUUUACUUGUACACAUUAGCAUUUGUGUAUUCCCCCUCAAAAGACGCCAUUUAUGGUAAGUGAUUAUUGAGGAAAAAAACAUGCAAUGAGAAUUGAAAGAUGAGACUGAAACGGCAAUAAGUAACCAAUCUCAUUAUCUUGUGUAUUAGACUCCCAGUUGAAGGAUAAUCCUGCAUUCUCCAUGCUCAAUGACUCCGAUGAUGAAGUUAUAUACGGGUAAGUAAUCAUGUUAAUUCACUGUCUCUCAUUACCUUUAUGUUAUACAUCAUUCUACUUCAAAGAUGUAGGAGUCACUGUCUUGAGAUCAUCAAUUCUAGAUAUUGGAUUCUGCAUAUGCCUGCUUUGAAUGUGUAAAUGUGUUUCUGCUCAGACUAAUAGAUAUUUGUCUUUCUUUUCUAUGAAGGAGCGAUUACGAGGAGAUGCCUUUGCAAAAUGGCCGUGCCAUCAAAGCAACAGCGAAGUACCAGAAUGAGAGUGACAGCGACUGAUCUCAUUCCUGAUUGGUGCGUCACUCACUCCCCUGUUGUCCUGAUCGAAUCCUUGAGGGGGUUCUAUUAAACUGGCCCUGGUUGCAUCAGGCAAUGGCCCGUCACGUGACCGGGCGAAGACUGUGAGGGAGGCGCACCCUUCUCAAAUCGAACAAUAAGACAGGCAGCAUGAUGCAUCUCUUUUUCUCUUUUUUUUUUUUUUU